UUUCAUCUAAUGCAUUCCCUAAUCAAGUAAUCAUAAAUUCCUAAAUACAAGUGCAAUCUCUCUCUCACUUUCUACAUACAGACAGAUAUGGAUGUUGAUCAGUACUUACUGAGAGGUUAUACUUCAUCUGUAACUCAUGAGUUACCAAGCUGUGAUCCAGAAGAUGAUCUGCGAAAAGGGCCAUGGACAGUUGAGGAAGAUUCCAUUCUCAUGGAGUAUAUCAACACUCACGGCGAGGGCCGGUGGAAUUCACUGGCCGGAAACUCGGGCCUGAAACGAAGCGGCAAAAGCUGCAGACUGAGAUGGUUGAACUACUUGCGCCCAAAUGUUCGACGUGGAAAUAUCACCCUCCAAGAACAGCUUCUGAUUCUUCAACUUCAUUCUCGCUGGGGCAACAGGUGGUCGAAGAUAGCGGAAUACUUGCCGGGAAGAACAGACAAUGAGAUCAAAAACUACUGGAGAACAAGAGUCCAAAAGCAAGCAAAGCAGCUCAACUGUGACGUCAACAGCAAGCAAUUCCAGGACGCCAUGCGUUACGUAUGGAUUCCGCGCUUAAUGGAACGGAUCCGGGCCUCAUCCGAUUCUACUGUGUUAUCGGGUCAACCCACGGAAACCGCCACCUCCACUGCAUUUACACCACCAGAUGACUGCUGCCUCACUGACCAUAGUAAUACGGCGGCUGCUGGGUCUUCUCACUACUGGGUUGACCCGAACUACCUGCCUGAGGCGUCUGCAACUACGUCCGGCUCAACGGAACUUCAAGAUUGUUUGAAUAUUCCCGAGCCUACCAGUACUGAGUUCAGCGAACUCAACUGCUAUCCAAUGAACGGGCAAUAUUAUUCUUCAACAAACGGGUCGGGUUGUUAUCAAGAUGGUUCAGAAAUUCAAGGUUCCGAGCAAAUAGACAGCAGCAACAGUUGGUCAACUCCUGGUGGGGACUUAGUGGAGAAUUUAUGGAAUGAAGAGAAUAUAUGGUUCUUGCAACAACAGCUUAAUAGCGACUGAUAUGUGAAGUCAUCGGGGUCUUAGAUUAACAGUACCUAGUACGUGGGUGAUUCCAUGGCGUACGUAGUGAAUAGUAGUACAAACUUAAUUUGUGCUCUUUUUUUUCCAGACAAAUAUUAGAGAGAGUAUUGCAACUAAAUGUAUGAAAUGCUUUUAUCU